UAUUGUCUCGGGCAGGCUCGCCUCCGACUGUGGGAGUUGGGGGGGUCUUUUGUUGCUUCUGGUGCAGGAUAAUAAAGUUUUCUGUGCUUUUUUUAGUGGAUCGCAGCUCCAAGAGGAGGCAAGUGAAGCCUUUGGCAGCUUCUCUCCUGGAAGCCCUCGAUUAUGAUAGUUCAGAUGACAGUGAUUUUAAAGUUGGAGAUGCUUCAGAUUCUGAAGGGAGUGGUAAUGGAAGCGAAGACCCCUCAAAGGACAGUGGAGAAGGCUCCUGUAGUGAUUCUGAGGAAAACAUUCUAGAAGAAGAACUGAAUGAAGAUAUUAAAGCCAAAGACGAACAGCUUAGAAAUUCUACAGAGGAAGAAAUAGUGCCGUCAGACAAACAGUUAAUUAAAAUGGAAAAGAAGGAAGAAGAAGAAAAUGGAGAAAGACCUAGAAAGAAAAAGGAGAAAGAGAAGGAAAAGGAAAGAGAGAAAGACAAAGAAAAGGCGACGGCAUCUGAUACUGCAGCUGCCUCUGCGGCUGCCACCACUCCAGCCACAAGUCCUCCUGCUGUCACCUCCCCUUCAGGCGCUACCACAACCACUGCCACUGAGGAGCAAGUCAGUGAGCCCAAGAAAUGGAAUCUUCGUCGAAACCGGCCCCUUUUGGACUUUGUGUCCAUGGAAGAGCUGAAUGAUAUGGAUGAUUAUGACAGCGAAGACGACAAUGAUUGGAGACCUACUGUAGUGAAGAGAAAGGGGAGAUCAGCAUCUCAGAAGGAGGGCAGUGACGGAGACAAUGAGGAUGAUGAAGAUGAGGGAAGUGGGAGUGAUGAAGAUGAGAAUGAUGAGGGCAAUGAAGAAGACCAUAGCAGCCCUCCUAGUGAAGUGGGCUGCAAGAAGAAGAAGGGUAAAGUUCUUAGCAGAAACAGUGCUGAUGAUGAGGAACUGACCAAUGAUAGCCUGACCCUAUCUCAAAGCAAGAGUAAUGAGGACUCGCUGAUUCUUGAGAAGAGUCAAAACUGGAGUUCCCAAAAAAUGGACCAUAUUCUGAUUUGCUGUGUUUGUCUUGGAGAUAAUAGUGAAGACGCAGAUGAAAUAAUUCAAUGUGACAAUUGUGGAAUUACAGUUCAUGAAGGUUGUUAUGGAGUUGAUGGGGAGAGUGACUCCAUUAUGAGUUCAGCUUCGGAAAACUCCACUGAGCCUUGGUUUUGUGAUGCCUGUAAAUGUGGUGUUUCUCCUAGCUGUGAACUAUGUCCUAAUCAGGAUGGAAUUUUCAAGGAGACUGAUGCUGGAAGAUGGGUCCACAUUGUUUGUGCCCUGUAUGUUCCUGGAGUAGCCUUUGGAGAUAUUGAUAAGUUACGACCAGUAACACUGACAGAAAUGAACUAUUCUAAAUAUGGUGCUAAGGAGUGUAGCUUUUGUGAAGACCCUCGCUUUGCUAGAACUGGAGUUUGCAUUAGCUGUGAUGCAGGGAUGUGCAGAGCCUAUUUUCAUGUUACUUGUGCCCAGAAGGAAGGCCUGCUUUCAGAGGCAGCAGCGGAAGAGGACAUAGCAGAUCCGUUUUUUGCUUAUUGUAAGCAACAUGCAGAUAGGUUAGACAGAAAAUGGAAAAGAAAAAACUACUUGGCUCUACAAUCCUAUUGUAAAAUGUCUUUGCAAGAGAGAGAAAAACAACUGUCCCCCGAAGCACAGGCAAGGAUCAAUGCCCGACUACAGCAGUAUCGUGCCAAGGCAGAGCUGGCUCGAUCUACCAGACCGCAAGCCUGGGUUCCAAGGGAAAAGUUACCCAGGCCACUCACAAGUAGUGCUUCGGCCAUUCGUAAACUGAUGCGCAAGGCAGAACUAAUGGGGAUCAGUACAGAUAUCUUUCCAGUGGACAAUUCAGAUACUAGUUCUAGUGUGGAUGGAAGGAGGAAACAUAAGCAGCCAGCUCUCACUGCAGAUUUUGUGAAUUACUAUUUUGAGAGAAAUAUGCGCAUGAUUCAAAUUCAGGAAAAUAUGGCUGAACAAAAGAAUAUAAAGGAUAAAUUAGAGAAUGAGCAAGAAAAGCUUCAUGUGGAAUAUAAUAAGCUCUGUGAAUCUUUAGAAGAACUGCAAAACCUGAAUGGGAAACUUCGGAGUGAGGGCCAAGGAAUAUGGGCCUUACUUGGCCGAAUUACGGGGCAGAAGUUGAAUGUACCGGCAAUCUUACGAGCACCGAAGGAAAGAAAACCAAGUAAAAAAGAAGGAGGCACACAAAAGACAUCUGCUCUUCCUACAGUACUUUAUAGUUGUGGAAUUUGUAAGAAGAACCAUGAUCAGCAUCUUCUUUUGCUGUGUGACACCUGUAAGCUGCAUUACCAUCUCGGGUGCCUUGAUCCUCCUCUUACAAGGAUGCCAAGAAAGACCAAAAACAGUUACUGGCAGUGCUCAGAGUGUGACCAGGCAGGGAGCAGUGACAUGGAAGCAGAAAUGGCCAUGGAGACCUUGCCAGAUGGAACCAAACGAUCAAGGAGACAGAUUAAGGAGCCAGUGAAAUUUGUUCCACAGGACGUGCCACCAGAACCCAAGAAGAUUCCAAUAAGAAACACG